GCCCAGCAUGCAGUGCACACCACCUUAGCUGCAGCAGUAGUGGCUGCCGUAGAGCCACCCCUGCCGUCACAGCCCCUGCUCUGGUGCAGCCACCCUCGCUCCGUCUGCUCGUCCUCCCUUCGCUAGCACCAUGGCUGACGAGGUGACCGAAGAACAGAUUGCCGAGUUCAAGGGAGCCUUCUCCCUACUUGACAAAGAUGGCAAUGGCACCAUCACAACAAAGGAACGUAGAAUUGUCAUGAGGUCAUGGAGUCAGAACCCAGCAGGAGCCAAAUUGCAGGAGAUGAUCAAUGAUGAGGUGGAUGCUGAUGCUAAUGGCACCAUUGACUUCGCAGAAUUUUUGACUGCAAUGGCUAGAAAAACGAAAGAUACAAGCAGUGAAGAAGAAAUUUGCGAAGUGUUCCGAGUUUUUUACAAGGAUGGGAAUGGUUAUAUCAGUGUGGCAGAACUAUGUCAUGUCAUGGCAAACUUAGGAGAAACACUAACAGAUGAAGAAAUAAAUGAUCAGAGAAGUAGAUAUUGAUGGAGAUGGGUAAGUCCACUAUGAAGAAUUCAUACGGAUGAUGACUGCAAAAUGAAGACCUACUUUCAGCUCCUUUUCCCCUCUCUAGAAGAAUCAUAUUGAAUAUUUUACUUACCUCUUGCAAAAAAAACGAAAACAAAAACAAAAGCAAAAAAACAAAACAGAACAAACCGUUCAUCUACUCAUUCUCUUUCUAUAAAGCAAAACUGAAUGUCGAAAGUACCUUCUGUCCACACACACAAAAUCCGCACAUAUGCGUUGGUGGUCCUGCCUCCUGAAGAUCAAGCUACAUGUCAAUGUUACUAUAUAAACGCUUGUACUCCCUUAAUGAUAGGAAAGCACUUAGUGGACUCCUUGUGUGUCCA